CACUCGCCCCCGGCCGCGUCCCUCCCUUCGCCCUCGCCCUUGCCCUCGCCCUAUCGCCUCCUGCCUUGCUGUCGGCCCCCUUCCCUGCCGUCUGUACGACCCUUUGCCGUGGCUCCAGCCACAGCCUCCUCCGCGUCCCUCGGCCCCUCGCUCCAUCUCCGCACCGGCUCCCUGCCCAUGCGCCGGCCCCUGGAGCCGGACCAGCCGCGGGCCGAGGAAGGGGCCGCGGCCGAUGGCCACCUCCCCGGCCGGCCCGAAGACCCGUCCCCCGCUGGGGUGGCGCUCCCGGCCGCGCGGAUUGCCGACCUGGCCGACCAUCCGGAGCACAUCGACGCGGCGCUGGAUCUGCCAGCUGCCCUGCUCCGGCGACCCGUUGCCUUCGCCGGGGAAUUCGCGCGACUGUGCGCCGCCCUGGUGCAAUCUCCCGGUGACCACUUCUCCCGGGCCGACAUCCAGCGUCUGGAGGAGGUGGUCUUCCCGCAGCUGAGCACCCUGGCGGGCGGGGCGAAGCCGAUCGAUGCGCUGGUGGACCGGGCCCUUCGGCGACCGCUGCUGGUCCGGCUGGCCUGGUCGCUGCGGCGACAGGCGCUUGCCCUUGCCCGCCGGCUCGGCGAUGUGGAGGGCGAAGCCGGCGCGCUGCCCGCCCUGGCGGCCCUCGGCGCCCUGGAGCCCACGGAAUCGGAACACGCCGAGGAGCUGGAGGAGCCGGAGGAGUCGGCCUGUCCCCGGGAUGACACGCCCCCCGGGCCCGGGGCCUGCCUGCGGGAGUGCCUGAGCAUUUGCACCUUCGUGCUGCUCUGCUCCCAAGGCCCGGAAGAGGACGCGGCCAUGGCGCCGCACGUGGCCUUGGCCCUGGCCCUGGCGGCUGACACCUGCCAGGCCCUGGCGGCGGCCGAUGCCCUGGCCUCGCGCCGGGGGGACGCCACCCAGGCCGGAGCCCCGCUCGGACCGGUGGGGGGCCUCAUGCGCGAUCUGCGCGCCUUCGGCUCGGCACUGGAGCUGCGCUUGGGGUUUGUGUUUGACCUGGUCCGACGGGCGGCCUGGCGCCGGGAGCUCGCCCUCGGCGGUUCGCCGGAUGACCUGGCGCCGGCCGUGCGCCAGGCCGCCCAGCGGCUGGGGCUGUGGGCCGUCCGGCUGGCCCAGAGCCCCUGGCGUGAGGGGCUUCGCUCGGCCGCCGCAAGCAUGGGCCUGGCGCUGGCCCUGCCGCCCGGGCCGGCCAGCGUCGCCACCGUGGCCACCAUCCCCCCGGGGGAGUUGCUGAGCUCCGCACUACAGGGGGCCAUGCUCUUCUCGCUGGGCGCCAGCCACCCGGGCGCCGGGGACCGGCACCGGGCGCCGACAUUGCCAGCCGGCGUGCCGACCAGCCAGGGCGAGGGCCUGUCCCCGGGCUCCGGGCCGGCCGUCUCGCUGGUGACCUUCUUGCUGGUGCACCUGGCGCAGCUGGCCUUCGCCGGGCCGCUGACGCCGGAGCUCCUGGCCCCCGGGGCCGGGCCCUGCCUGCUUUGUGGCCGGGCGGGCGGCCAUGCCGGGGACCCGCGUGCACGGGCCCGGCCCAGUGGACCCAAAGCCCGGCCCGGUCGUCGGGCGUGCCCGGAGGCCACCGGGCGCAUGCUUGCCGAGUGCCUGGCCGCGGCGGCCCUGCGCCAUGCCCUGUCCGCCGGGGCGGGCUCCGAUCCGGGGGACCACCUGCCGCUGCUGCGUCGGGCCCUGCUGGAAAUGGGGCCCUGGCGGGCCGAGGCGGCUGCCGUCAUGCCGGGCAGCUGCCUGCCGGGCGUCAUCGGCGAACUGUUGGUCUUGCGCCGGGAGCCGGGCUACCCGGCGGCCGGGCCGCUGGCCGGGCAUCUGGCGCGCCGCGUGUGGGCGACCCCCGACAUGGUGCUGGCCACCCUGCGGGUGGAUGUGGCCCUGGCCGUGCUGCAAGCCGCCAGCAGCCCGGAGGCCGACUCCCCGCCGACCCCGGGGCGGACGCUGGAACUGGCCCGGGACCUGGCCACCAGGGCCACCACCGCGGCCUUCGACGCGCGCAGCCUCCUGGCCCUGGCGGCCGGGCGCUUCCAGCUGAGUCUGGCAGUGGGCAUGCUACAUCGGGCCCUGCCGGCCGGGCGCCGGCCGGCCGUGUGUGCAUCAUGCCCGCAAGCCCCCGGGCCGAAUGCCUCGGCCGUGGUGCUGCCGCCGCCAUCAUCGUCUCAGUCCCAGUCCGAUAAUGCCCUGGAUGACUCGAGCCCCCUGUGCUGGGCCUGGCUGCUGUGCCUUUCACGGCCACUGGCCUGCGAUGUGUCUCCCUUCGUGGUGGUGCUGGACCCGGCCCCGGCCCCGGGCCUGAGCCCGAGCCAGGGCGACCCGCUCCUGGCAGACCUUCGGCUCCAGGCGGCUCUGUGCCUGGCCCAGCUGGCCGCCGGCGAGGCCGGCGCCCCGAGCCGGCCACGGGUACUGGCCACCCAGGCACUAGCUGUGGGCCUGGCCCGGCAUCCCGAGCUGGCCCGGCAGCGUGCCAUCCAGGCGGCCAUCUUUGCCGCCCUGGCCGAUGAGUCGUCCGGCGUUCGGCGCGCGGCGGCUGCCCUCUGCCACCCGGCCGCCGGCCCAGCUGGGCGUACGUUCACUGCGGCCGCUCAAGCACUUCUGGCCGAGCGCAUUCAGGACGUAUCGCCGCCGGUCCGACGCGCGGCCACCGAAGCUGUGGCCGACUUCCUGGCCCACCCGACGUCGGAUGUGUCCUUCGCACGACUGGUGGCCCUACUCCUCCGCCGGAUGCUGGAUCCCAGCACGCCGGUUGUGAAUGCCGCGUGCGAUGCGCUCGAGCGAUUUCUGCUUCCCUCGGCGCCAUUUAUGCGCACGGGCCCGGCUCGGGCCGAGCUGUGCGCCGGGAUCGUGGCCCUGGCGGCCGAGACACUGGACCUGCAGCCCGGCGAGGCGUCGCUGCAUGGCGCCUUCUCGCAAUUCCUGAUGAUGGCUCUCGGCCGGGCUCACGCCGGGCUGUCGGCCGUGCUGCACGGGCCAGCCGUCCCGUGCGUCCGGUGCACCGGCCAUGCCACGGUCGAAGGCGCGCAUCUGAAUCCCUGGGCCGCGGCCAGGCGCGACACUUGCCGCGAGUGUGCUCCGCCGGCGGCCACCGCCCGGCGGCUCCCAGACCCCCUGACCGAUGAUGUCGCCGGCGAGGAGGCGCAGGAGGAUGGCGAUGAGGAUGACGACAGCCGCCUGGCGGCCCUCGGCGCCGGGGAGACCGAUGACAUGGACGAUCCGGCUGCCCGGCAGUCCCGGCAUCUGGCCCGGUGCUCGGAGCUCCUGGCCGAGGCGUCCUUCGAGGCGCUGUGGCGCCAGCUUCCCGCGGACCCGGCCAGCAUGAAGUCGGAGCCUGGCCAGCAUCCAGCCGGGCCGCCGCUGGCCGGCGUGGCGCAUUUCCUGGGCGCCUGGCUGCGCACGCACCCGGGGCUGCUGCACCAGCGCCUGCCCAUGCUGGCCACCCUGCUGGCCCGGCUGCGUGCGCCGGCCGGGCCAACUCACGCGGGCCACGCCCUCGCCGUCCUGGCUGACUCCAUCCGCCUGGCGAGCCCGGGGCUGGCCCUGCGCCAGCCUCCCGGCUUCGAGCAGACCCUGCUCGCCCUGCAGGUGGCCGCGGUGACCGGCCCGCCGGAUGUCGUCGCGUCGGCCGUGCCGGCCGUGCUGAGUCUGGCCCGAGGCCGGCGCUCUUCCCAAGCCGUCGGGCAUCUACUGGCCUACUGUGAAGCCAACCUGUUCCCGGAUCCCGGCCAGCCCCCGGUCGCGGCGGGCACCACGCCGAAGCAGCGUCCCCUCCGUUUGUCAGCUGCCGCAGGCCCUCUGUCGGCCCCGCGGCCGGCGGGCGCCGCGGCGCCGCCGGUCCCGGCCGGUGUCUUCACACCGGAGCACCUACCCCGGGCCUGCCGGGGGAUUUUGAUCCUGGCGCUGUUGGCCCGGCCGGCCGAUGCGCCGGACGGCGCCCUCCCGGGGGACUCGGUCCUGGCGCGGCAUUUUGCCGGCAGUCCGGCCGGCAUGCUGGUACAUGUGAUAUAUGCCGCGGCCGAGAUGGUCCAAACCGAGGCCCUGGCCGCCGGGCCGCGCGGCACCCUGUGGGACACCCUCCUCCGGGCCAGUGCCCUGGCGGGGGAGCGUCUGCCGCGCUUCCUCAACCAUCCGGCCCUGCAGGGUCUUUUCGGCCGGGCACUCUCGGGCGCCGCGCCGGCCGGGGUCCAGCUGACUGCCCUGCGAGCCACGCGCGACCUUCUCGAGCAUGACUUACGCGCGGUCGAGGCGGCGGCGGCGGCGGCGGCGACGGCGGCUGCCUCGCCGGCCGGCCCCCGGCGCCCGACGAACGAGGAUCUCCUGGCCAACUAUGGCGCUAAGCCCGGCUUCUUCCUGUCAUGGGCCGUUGCGCACCUGGCCACGCCGGCCCUCCAGGGAUGCCUCCUGGCGGAGCCCCUGCGUCCCAUGAGCUUCUGGAUUGUCGACCACCUGGCCGCACGCCAGCUUCUCCCGACGACAGAGCUGCUGCCGGUGCUGGUGGCCCUGCUCACCGACCACCGGCCGGACAUUGCGGCCCGGGCGUUGGAACUGCUGUCCCUGCCGGCCCUCGCUUCGGCGGCGCCAUCAUCCGUCCGGGUGGCCCUGCCGCUGAUCUGGCGCCUGCAGCGCUCCAUUCAGGGCGCCUCCUUCCCCAUUGGCUGUGUGGGAUCUCGCAGGUCCCGGAGCGCGCGCCUCCAGCCGGUGGACAGUGUGUUGGACCCGCUGCUGGGCCAUCUAUUCCGGACCCGGGCGCAGCGCGUGCUCCUGCUGGCCUCGAUCAGCAAGCUGAUCGGCGCAGGGGACUUCCGGGCCUCGGACCACCUCUCGCUGACACUCAUGCUACUCGAGGCGUGGAUCGCGACCGAUGGACUGAUGUACGGGGAGCUUCUUGCCCUGGCGGACAGCCUGCCAGGGGGGUUGAAUGCCCCGCCCACACCGGUAGCCGACGCAGCCAGCCCGGCCGGGCUGUGCCCCGAGCUGCUGGCCCUCGACGCCGGGUACCUUGCCCACGAUCUGGUUGACGAGGAGCAUGCUCGGCUGCUGCUUGGUAAAUUGGCCCAGUUAAGGGCCUCCUGCGCGCGCUCCACCGGCGGGUUCUGAUCCCCCGCCUCUCCCCUGCACCAGGCCAGCCAGCCUGCAAUAAAUAGAUUCCCCCCCCCCGGCGGCGUCGAUGUGUUCCCAUCAGCGUGGGCCGAUGCGUGG